AGUAUUUUCCGGUUUCGGAUGGGAUCCGAAAAGAAAAAUUCGGAAUACGACGACUUGCUGGAGAAAAGCAACAUAGUCGGAGCAAUCCAUAGAGAAAGGGAAGAAAAAGAGAUCAUAGAAAUACUGCUGAAAGAACCUGCUGGUGAAAACGGUGUUCCUCCUGUGGUUGCCAUUACGGGGAUUGCAGGAAUAGGGAAGACAACACUUGCUCUCCUCGUUUGCGAAGACGACAAAGUCAAAGACCGUUUCGGAUCGCCGAUUUGGUUAAAUGCCGCUGGCAAAACAUUUGAUGAGCUGGCAUCCAUUGCAGGACCUGUAAAGGCGGCGGCGACAUCCGGCGGGAACCCGUCCUUGCUUGUGCUUGACGAUUUAAGAGCUGAGAUUAGUGAAUCAACAGUGAGCGAGUUAAGGAAGCAUGCUGUCUCCGUUGGAGCAGGAGCAAUAAUCGUAACUACACGUCGCACAUGGCAGAGUUUUGGUGACGAAGCUAUGCAUGUUUUUUCCUUGGCGGGGCUCGAUGAAGAACAGAGUUGGUCUCUGUUCACAAGUCUCCGAAGCAGUAACAAACACAAGGAAGAAAUAAAAGAAAUUCUGCACAACUGCCUUGGAGUCUCACCUCUAGCAACAAAGCUUGUGUCGAAAUUUCUCGAGUCCAGGGCCGGGACUCUCGAAAAAGAUAAACUCAGCGAAUGGCUUCAGUUUCGUCUCCAGCCUCUUGCUGUACAGUUAGUUGCUUAUUUGUCCCUUUUCCCUGAUGACUAUUUGAUCCAUGCUGAUAGAUUAAUUCAUCUCUGGAUCGCCGAAGGGUUCGUCCCGCCGAAAGAAUCUUGGCGUGAGGUUAUCAAUGACUUCGUUGACUCGGGUAUAUUCCAAGACGUGAAACGAGAGGAGGAUGGUGACGGCGUAGUGAAGAGCUGCAGAGUGCACCCUUACAUGCAGGAGCUGGCAUGCUUUGUCGCCAAGAAAAAGAAAGACGAGUUUAUCACCACCGGCGUGGAGGAGGAGCCGCUUCUACGAGCAUCGUUUGAUAUGAGGUUAGUCGAUUCCGUUUCGAAACUUGAUUUGUUCCUUAAGGAGGAGAAGAGAGCGAAGGAUCUGAGGACCAUUCUUUUUCAUGCAAUGGUUGAGUCUCCUCUUGUACUUGGCAACCAGCAAGCGGAGCGCAUGAAUGAGUACACUUGGGAUAAGGUGUUGUCCACUUGCAAGGCCCUGUGCGUGUUGGAUCUGCAACAUUUGGGGAUGAAUAUGGUUCCGAGCUCAAUUGGAAAGCUGAAGGACUUAACAUAUCUUGAUCUUUCCCAUAAUAACAUAGAGAAGCUUCCCAAUUCCAUUACCAAGCUUUCCCAAUUGAAGACGCUGAAACUUUCCCGGUGUCACAUCCUCAAGGAGUUGCCCAAGGACUUGAAGGAUCUAACUAAGCUCACACACCUUCACAUUGAUGGUUGCGUUAAUAUUCAGAGCAUGCCGCGUGGAAUAAACAACCUGACUUCUCUUCAAACUUUGUCCCUUUUUGUUGUUGGAAAGAACGAACCUAUGGCAUGCCAUGAGGAACUCAAGGAUCUCAACCAGUUGAGGGGGCACUUGGAAAUUAUGUACCCGGAGAGGUUGAAACUCCAAGAUUAUUCAUCAAAAUGGAUGAACCAAAAAGAGCACCUUCGCCGACUCACUUUUAGGUUGGAUCAACACGAUAAGGGAAACGAGCAGGACCAGGAAAAAGCGCUGCAAGUUCUUGAACCGCAUACGAAUCUGACCGAACUACACGUUGUAGGCUACAAAGGUGACAAAUUUCCUAGCUGGAUUCCUUCCCUCGAUUGCCUCGUCAAGCUCAGUUUGUACAACUGUUCCACACCGGAACCUCUCCCCCGGCUGGAUAAACUUCCAUGCCUCAAGGUUCUCGAGCUUCGGAGGAUGCAUUCUCUGAGAUUCAUUGCAGAAAAAUGUGACGACAGCGUUCAACCGGAUUUUCCAUCGUUGAAGAAGCUAACACUCUGGGACUGUCCUAAACUCAAAAGUUGGUGGAGAAACGAUAAUUACACUGAUGGAGAAAGCAGAAACUCAAUCAUCUUCAGCUGCAUAUCAAGUUUACAGAUCCAGUACUGUCCUAACUUGACUCGCAUGCCACUAUAUCCUACUCUUGACGAAAUUUUGGAGUUGGUGGAUUCAAGCGUGGAACCAAUGUGGGAUACAAUAUACUAUGAAGAAUCCGGAACGGGUUCUAAAGAAGAAAAAGUAGUUCCGUUCUCCAAGUUGAAGUGCAUGUUCAUAGCAAGCAUUCAGAAAUUCCCACCGGAGCGAUGGCUCGUGAAAUUCACUUCCCUUGAGAAACUCCACAUUCGAGAUUGCUUGCAAUUAGAGGCUCUGCCCUCAGGUUUCAAGCAUUUGAGGUCGCUGCAGAGCCUCACCAUUGAGACCUGCCCCGUUCUUGAUCUUGACCAAUCCCCUGACGAAUGGGAGGGUCUAGAAAAGCUUAAUUCCCUGAUCAUAAGGGAAAUCCCCAAGCUCAAGUCCCUUCCAAUGGGACUGAAAAAGGUUAAGUCUUUGCGAGAAAUCAGGCUUCAUGAUUGUGCGAGGUUAACCUCUCUGCUGGAAGAGAUAGGCAAUCUCACCUCACUUGUUAGACUAGAGAUUUGUCAAUGUGAGAAUUUGGCUUCCUUGCCCAAAGAAAUUGGAAAGCUCAAAUCUCUGGAUACCCUGAUCAUUAAGGACUGCCCCUUGUUAAUGCCAAGGUGUCAACCCGAUACCGGUAAUGACUGGCCAAAGAUUGCUCAUGUGAAAAAUAUUGUGGUGAAACAAACUUCUCAAAGACUUUGGGCUGGGAAAUUAAGAAUGUAAUAGUUUCAUUACUGCAUUUGUAUUGUACAUUAUCAUAUGAUUGUGUGUUAUUUAUUGCAAAUUAUUAAUGAAUUUUUGACAUCACUGAUCA